AUGACCGUGAAUAAGGUAAGGAAAUAAGGCUUUUAAGGUUUUAAGGCAUAAGUUUUAGGCCGUAAGCUUGAGGAAGAGGGGGGGGGGGGAGGAAUUUUUUAGUGUCGUCAUAAGCAUUAUCCCUACUUCUACCCCUACCUCUACCCCUACCCUUACUCCUAUCUCUACUCCUACCCCUACCCUUACUCCUAUCUCUACUCCUAGUCUUACCUUACCAUUACUUUUAUACAGUACCUUACCGUAACUUUACUGCUCUUAUCAUGUAGCCUACAGUACCUUACCGUAACUUUACAGUGAGUAAAGUUACGCUACUACUCUUUCUUCUACACCUCCCCUAGCCCUACCCUACCCUAAACUCGAGCCCUCUACCUUCUACCCAUUACCCCUACUUCUACCUCGACCCCUAUACCCCUGCCUCACUUCCCUACUUCCUACCCCUAUAGCCUUAUCCCUCUAUUCCUGCCGUACCCCUCUGCAUCUACUCCUCUACUCUUACUUUUACUCCUCUAACUACCCGUCUCUUCGACCACUCUACUCCUACCCUUUAGCCUCCCCACUUCAAAAAUUUCAAAUUUAAAAUUAUUAAACCAAGACUGCCUUUUUUCAAUUUAAAAAAACUAAAAUUUCACUAUGGCCGCAUAAAUGAUGAUUACGAUUGUGAAUCAUAUUAAACUACUAUUAAUUGUAUUGGACAAUUAAUAGCCUAAAGCAUUCAUUUUGCACAUUUUUGACAGUUUUUGUUCUCUUUCUUUACAGUUUUUUUGGCUAAAAAUGGGGAAUUAUGUAAGUUUUAAAUCGUAAAACGGCUAUGUCAUAAAGGUUAGAGUAACAAAAUUUUACAUUUAGGUGAUAGAUUGGAACAUGCUUUGUAAGUACAUAGUAAACUCGGGCUAUUUUUUAAAGUUUGUUAGCAAUUUCUAACGUUUUUGGGCUAAAAAAGUUAACUUUAAGUGUGAUUUUAGAGGAUUUCCUAUAUUGUUUUAGCUUUUUCGGUCUUAAAACGGAAGUUAAACAAAGUUUCAUUUGCUAAAAUUUAUCCCAAGUCUAUCUUAAUCUAAGAUAAAAAGCUUAUUUUGGUAUGUAAAAAGCUUUUAGGCGCUAAUCAUAGCGAAAACUUGACCAAGGUCACUAAGAUUAUAUUAUCCAUGAUAAAAUUGCUCGCCCAAGACAAAAUAAAACAUUAAACGUAACAGGUUAAGCCUUUUUAAAUACCUAAAAGACUUGACAAUAGAGUAAUAUAACAUAUACAGAACUUGGAGAACUGUCUGGAGCACGAAGGACAAGUUAUGAGUACCACACAACAAGACUUGGACGAGUUCCGGGCCAGAAAAGUGGCUCUAAUCACUGGGAUCUCCGGCCAAGAUGGAUCAUAUCUAGCCGAAUUACUGCUCAGUAAAGGCUACAAGGUUCACGGUAUUAUCAGAAGAUCGUCCUCUUUUAAUACGGCUAGAAUCGAACAUUUGUAUUCGAAUCCUGUCACUCAUUCUGGUAAGACUUUAUACGGUUUUUGAGGGUAGGGUUCGGAACUUGGGGUUGGUAUAGGCUUGGUAACGGUGGAAUAGAGAUGAUGGUAGGGGUGAGUAGAAGAGAGUAUGAGGUUCAGAUUUAUUGUUAUGAAAAAGUUUUUCGAAAAAGAAAUUGGGUUAAAAAUCGACAGGGGGGACCAAGCUAAAAAUUUUGGAAAAUUUGAGGUAACUGUCGUAACUUUUGUUAUACUUUGAGAUUUUUAAAACCAUUUUAUCUAGUUGUUAAGUAGGGGUUAUGACACGGUUUUAUUAUAUAGAUUUUUUGAAUUUUCAAAAAACAUUCUUUUAGCGAAAAAAUGAUCAACAGGGGGGACCAAGCUGAAAAGUUUCAAAAAUUUUUAAAACUGUCGUAACUUUUUUAUACUUUGAGCUUCGUAAUAAUAUUUUAGCAUGGUGUUAAGUAAGUUUAUGACAUUGGUUUCACAUAUAAAAUUUUUGAUUAUGCAAAAAUAUUUUUUUUGUUGAAAAAAGAUCAACAGGGGGGGCCAAGCUGAAAAUUUCUAAAAAAUCUAAAAAAGCGUCAUAACUUUGUUUAUACUCUGAGAUUUGUAAAAAUGUUUUACAUUUGUUCAACCCUUCUAUGUUUCUUGUAUUAAAAUAAAAACUUUGCUACUUUUCAAACUUUUUCAAUAUUACCCGUGACAAUUUUUCUUCCAGGCUCAGCCUCCUUCUCUCUUCAUUAUGGUGACAUGACUGACUCAUCAUGUCUUAUCAAGCUGAUCACUCAAAUUCAGCCAACCGAAGUGUACCAUUUGGCAGCCCAAAGUCAUGUCAAAGUGUCAUUCGAUUUGCCAGAAUACACCGCUGAAGUCGACGCUGUAGGCACGUUGAGGUUGUUGGACGCGAUUCACGCUUGUGGAUUAACCAAAAAGGUUCGAUUUUAUCAAGCAUCGACUUCCGAAUUGUAUGGAAAAGUGCAAGAGAUUCCACAGAAGGAAACUACUCCGUUUUAUCCACGUUCUCCCUAUGGUAAUUGUUUUAUUUAUAAUAAUAUUGAUUUAGGGAUAGGUGAAAGUAGGAGAAAAUUUUUUUUUGUGAAAGUUAUGGACUUGUUAAGUUACAAAGCCGACUUGAGACGUUUCGGCGUCAUUUUAUUGAUUAAUCAGGUUUUCGUGGUGGGACUUAAAAGUGUAAAUACUCUUUAACCCGUAUUUUAAAAUAAUUUGCUUUUUGCUGUUUUAAAGGUUAUUAAAAGCUUAUUUACGAUAGACAUGAGCAACGGGCCGGGCCUGAGCAAAAUCAAAAACGGGCCGGGCCUAAAAGUUAGGCCCGGGCCCGAAAAAAAAUUUAAAAAAUUUUUUAAAAUUUUUAAUUUCAAUCCCCGUUUAUCUUUUUCGAUUUUAUUGGGUUCUAUGAUCCAUAAAUGGUCUAAAAAAACAAUUUAAAGCCAAUUUUCCGUUUAGUUUUUAAGUUUUAAAAUUUUUAAAAUUUUUUAAAACGGGCCGGGCUUGAAAAUUGGGCCCGGCCCGUUGCUCAUGUCUAAUUUACGAUUUUUUUAUUUUUUUGUUUGUUUUUGUGGUAGGACCAAAAAAAUAAAAAAAAUAAUUAACCUUUUCAGCCGUCGCCAAGCUCUAUUCAUACUGGAUCGUGAUCAACUAUCGAGAAGCAUAUGAUAUGUUUGCUGCCAAUGGAAUCCUCUUUAAUCACGAAAGCCCAAGACGAGGAGAGACCUUCGUAACCCGAAAAAUCACUCGAAGUGUGGCCAAAAUCUCUCUAGGCCAACAAGAAAUCUUGGAACUCGGCAACCUGAACUCAUUGAGGGAUUGGGGACACGCCAAAGAGUACGUCGAUGCUAUGUGGAGAAUUCUGCAGCAUGACAAGCCCGAAGACUUUGUUAUAGCGACUGGAAAACAGUACACUGUCAAACAGUUUGUGGAGUAUGCGUUCGCUGAGGUCGGCAAGGAAAUAGUGUAAGUUUGGCUUGAUUUGGGAGGUUUUACUAUAGUAUCAUGGGCUUAAACUAUGUAGGCGAAUGUGGCAAUUAAAUUUAAAACGGUUAGAAAAUGAUUGGGAUACUAGUUUAGGAGAUAUGAAUGAUGUUGGAGCUAUUUGCUAUGUCGUAGUAGGUGCAGUUAAUGAUUUUUUGAUUAUAACUUGGUUGUUUGUGAAUGUAGUAGCUUGAUAUUGUACAGAAUAGUAUUAAAACGGAUCGCAAAUAUAACACUGUAAAAUUCUGGUAUUGACUUUGUCUAUUGAAAUUGGUUUCAGAUUUUUGAUGUUGUAGUAAAUAUAGGUGAUGAUUUUUGCAUCAUAACUUUGUUGAAACUGAUUACAAUUGCUCUACAUUUUAUAGAGUAGUGUAAAAAGGCAUGGGGAAUCUAAUUAUGUUAGUAUGAGAUAAAAGUUUUUGGGGUUUAGUAUGUUUUUAUAGCGAUUUUUGAUAUUGUAGUCGGUAUUGAUGGAGAUUUUUUGGUCAUAACUUUUUUGAAUCUAAUUAUACUAGCUUUAUAUGUUUCAAAGUGGUGUAAAAAAUCUUGGGGAACUUAGGUUUAUUGGUUUGAGUUAGCAGCUUUUAGGUUUUAAUAUGAUUUUAUAGCAAUUUUUGAUAUUGUAGUAGGUCUUGAUGGGGGUUUUUGGGCAUAACUUUGUUAGAUGUGUUGCUAACAGCCUGAGAUUGCACAGAAUGUUCUAAAAAUGAGUUAUAAAAAUACUUUUGUACUAUAUUGUAUAUUUUUAAACUUCAAUUAUUGUGGAUAUUGUAGUAGAUACUGAACAUAAACAAAUAUAUUUUUAGAUGGGAAGGCGAAGGAGUUGAGGAGAUCGGCAAAGAAAAAGACACUGACAUAGUGAGAGUGAAGGUGAACCCUAAAUAUUAUCGACCGACCGAAGUAGAAAACCUGAUUGGUGAUGCGUCGAAGGCGGCCAAGAUUCUGGGUUGGGAGCCGAAGAUCACGGUGGAUGAGUUGGUCAAAGAGAUGGUUAGAGAGGAUGUGGCUUUGAUGAAGGCCAAUCCAAUGGCUUAG